AUGAAGGGGCUUGAGAGGGAUACUACAAACAGAAAAACUCCUCCCGCUGUGCAUAAAACUGCAAACCACGCAACACAGGCAACGCCAUGCACGGCUGGCGACACGUUUCCACAUCCGUCUGGAGAUUGCAACAAAUACCUAGUAUGUGCCAGCGGUUCUCUACUAGACCAGAAUUGUGUCACCGAUUUUAACUUUGAUCCUAAUACCCAUGGCUGCGUUUGGCCCAGCCAGUACGCUUGCCCUACGACUACUACUACAACCACUACCACGGCACCGUAUACAGGGACAGGUAGCACCACUCCUCGGACAGUUACUCCUACUACCCCAGGAGUCCCUUCCACAACAACAUGUACAAAUGGACAAUACUACGUGCAUCCGUCCGGGGAUUGUAACCGAUAUCUUUCUUGUGCGAACGGCAUACUUUUAGAACAGUCCUGUGGGGCAGGCCUCUUUUUCCGUCCAGAUGAUAAUAGCUGCGUUUGGCCUAGCGAUUAUACUUGCCCUACGACCACCACUACCACGGAACUAUAUACAGGGACAGGUACUCCUACUACCCCAGGAGUCACGUCGACCACAACAUGCUCACAUGGACAGAACUACGUGCAUCCGUCCGGAGACUGUACCCUAUAUCUUACAUGUACGAACGAUAUACUUAUAGAAACGCCAUGUGCAACGGGUCUAAACUUCAGUCCAGUUGAUGGUAUCUGCGUUUGGCCCCACCAGUACACUUGCCCUACGACCACCACAACAACCAUCGCCAUGGUUUCAGGGACAGGGACGCCUACUUCCUCAGGAGUCACGUCGACAACAUCAUGCACACAUGGACAGAACUACGUACAUCCGUCCGGAAACUGUACCCGAUAUCUUUCGUGUUCGGACGGUAUACUAUUGGAAACAGCGUGUCCAGCCGGCCUCAAUUUCAGUCCAGAUGAGAGUGACUGCGUUUGGCCCAGUCAGUACGCUUGUUCUGCGACCACCAGUUCAACCACUAAAGCGAUUUCGUAUACAAAAACAGGUGCCUUAGCAACCACUUCCACGGUUCCAUAUACAUGGACAGACACCGUGCCAACCACUACCACGGCGCCUUAUACAGGGACAGGUAGCACCACCCCUCGGACAGUUACCCCUACUACACCAGGAGUCCCUUCCACAACAACAUGUACACGCGACGGACAGAGCUACGUGCAUCCGUAUGGCGACUGUAACCGCUAUCUUACAUGCUCGAACGGCAUGAUUUUAGAGAAAUCAUCAACCUCAACUGAAACACCAACAACCACUACAGAAUCACCAGGAACCUCAACAGAAUCACCAACAACUACAACUAAGUCACCAACAACCACAACUGAAUCACCAACAACCACAACUGAAGUACCAACAACCACAACUGAUUCACCAACAACCACAAAUGAAUUAUUUAAAACCACAGCUGGAUCACCAACAACCACUACUAAAUCACCAACAACCACAACUAAAUCACCAACAACUACUGCUAAAUCACCAACAACCAUAUCUGAAUUACAAACAACUUCAACUGCAAACCAUAUAACACAGGCGACGCCAUGCACGGAUGGCGAUACGUUUCCACAUCCGUCUGGAGAUUGCACCAAAUACCUUAUAUGUGCCGCCGGUUCUCUACUAGAUCAGAAUUGUAUCACUGGACUCAACUUUGAUCCUAAUACCCAUGGCUGCGUUUGGCCCAACCAGUACGCUUGCCCUACAACUACUACUACUACCACUACUGCGGCGCCGUAUACAGGGACAGGUAGCACCACUCCUCGGUCAGUAAUUCCCACUACCCCAGGAGUCACGUCCACAACGACAUGCACACAUGGACAGAGCUACGUUCAUCCGUCCGGAGACUGUAACCGAUACCUUUCUUGUGCAAAUGGUAUACUUUUAGAACAGUCCUGUGGGGCAGGCCUCUUUUUCCGUCCAGAUGAUAGUGGUUGCGUUUGGCCUAGCGAUUACACUUGCCCUACUACCACCACCACAACCACUACCACGGCACCGUAUACAGGGACAGGUAGCACCACUCCUCGGACAGUUACUCCUACUACACCAGGAGUCACGUCCACAACAACAUGCACACAUGGACAGAACUACGUGCAUCCGUCCGGGGAUUGUAACCGCUAUCUCACGUGUGCGAAUGGCAUUCUUUCAGAAACGACUUGUGCGACAGGACUCAAUUUCAAUCCAAAUGAAAAUGCCUGCGUUUGGAUCCGUGAUUAUGCUUGCCCUACGACCACCACAACAACCACCACCACGGCACCGUAUACAGGGACAGGUAGCACCACUCCUCGGACAGUUACACCUACUACACCAGGAGUCACGUCCACAACAACAUGCACACAUGGACAGAGCUACGUGCAUCCGUCCGGAAACUGUACCCUAUACCUUACAUGCUCGAACGGUAUGCUUGUAGAAGCAUCUUGUGCAGCAGGUCUCAACUUCAGUCCAGUUGAUGGUACCUGCGAUUGGUCUUACCAGUACGCUUGCCCUCCGACUACUACUGUUACCAUCACAGCGACGGGGAGUACUGAAUCACAUGCAAACACAACAGAAUCACAAACUACAUCCUCAGCUAAAUUUCCGUCAACAUCUACUGAAUCACCUGAUACCACAACUGUGUCACCAACAACCUCAACUAAAUCACCAUCAUCCACGAUUGAAUCACCAACAACCACAA